CCCAAUUACCCCCACUGCUCGUCGUCUCUCACCAAUCUCGGGCGCCUCGGCCUCGCCGCUGCACAGACGCCGGAGACGACGGCGGCGGCGACGAGAUGACGGUGUUCCACUUCCUCAACUGCGCCUUCCUCACCUUCGGGCCCCAUGUCGUCUACUACUCCGCCACCCCCCUGUCAGAAUAUGAUACCAUUGGCACUUCUGUAAAAGCGGCUGCUGUUUAUCUUGGAACUGCGCUUGUAAAGCUUGUUUGCUUAGCAACAUUGCUCAAAGUACCUGAGAAUGAUAGCUUUGAUCCCUAUCAGGAGUUAAUGAAAGUUUUUAUUGGGUUCAUAGAUGUAGCUGGACUAUAUUUUGCUUUGACACAGUUGACUCACAGGAACAUCUCUCAGAAUCAUAAGUUCCAGGCUGUUGGUCUUGGUUGGGCUUUUGCUGAUUCAGUUCUGCACCGACUGGCACCUCUCUGGAUUGGGGCAAGAGGGCUUGAAUUUACAUGGGAGUACAUAUUUCAAGGAAUCGAAGCAAAUGCUAAUCUUGUGAUGACCCUCUCCCUUGCUGCAUUAGGAUCAUUGAUGUGGCUUAGGAAGAACAAGCCUAGGACAUUGGUUCCAAUAAUUUAUGCUUGUGCUUUGCUCUUGGCAACAAUGCCAUCUAUCACCAGUUACUUGAGAAGAUCAUUGGAGUGGCAGACACCGAAGGUGGUUGGCUUUGAGCUAUUCUCCUCACUUGUGAUGGCUUUCAUCAGCUGGCAGCUGUUCUCAGCUUGUCAGAGACCGACAUGACGAGUCAACGAUACCAAUGUCAAUUUUACCAAUGAUUUGACGCUCUUGAAGAUGCCUCCUGAUGUACAUCAGAAGAAUUAGGAUGAUCCUUUGAGUUGAGCCCUUCGCUGAAACUUUUCUUGGUCUUCGGUUAUAGAACAUUUUACUUAGAAUCAUCUGUUGUGAGCUGUAGAGCAGAAACCCAUGCCUCAAACGAGUGAUUCUGUAACAGAUGCUCUUCUAGGCAUUUGAGCUGAAACAUUUUUUUUAAUCCUGCUGUGCAUUUUAAGUCCUGUUCAAUCA